CCCCAAUAUAUUCCAAUUUAAAUACCCCAUUACAUGGUGUUGGGCGUCGUUCUCAUGAGAAAGAGUUUAUUAAUUGACAAGAUUAGCCUUCAAAUUAUCUAUUGACAUUUUCAUUUCAGGUCAUUAUCAUAAUUAUUAUAUUCUGUGUUUGAUCUCGUAUAAUUAUGUCCUCUAUUCUCUCAACGUACAGGGUAAAUAUGAUAAUUGUUAUUAUUGUUAUAUUGAGAUGAGUAGCUCUAGUUCUAGUGACUCUGAACAAUCACCUAGUGAAUUCGAGGUUUCAUUAUUACGUUUACCUAUUGAUUUAAAAGUAAAAUCUCUGGAUAAAUCAGAAUUAUUAGAGCUAGGCAAACAGUUAGGUAUUCACAUCCCUCAAUCUGUUAAUAUUGAAUACUUGAGAUUCGCUGUUGACUUGGCAAAAAAAGUUUGUAUUUAUGUGGACCACGAUUCAGGAGCUAGAGAUGCUCUAAGUCGAUUACUUAAGUUAGGGUCCCUGUCUCAACGCGAUCGUAUUAUCUUCCCUAUGUUAGCCGAUUACGAGCGAAUAGUAGGCAAGCUAGGCAGAAAUCAAGAACACAUCUACGACACAGUAGCUCCCGAUAACUUAGCAAAUAUCCUAAUUCCAGAAAAUAAUAUGGCAGGGAAUGAUAAAAGACCCUUUGCGAAACCCGAAAGCUAUGGGGGUACAAAGAGUGAAGACUUCAACGAGUGGUUGAAAACCUUCAAUAGGGCAGCAAAAAUAAAUAAGUGGGAUGAGGAUGAUAAAAUCUUGUAUUUACCCCUCUACCUCAAGAAAACAGCAUUGGCAAUUUUCGACAUAUUUUCGGAUAAAAAUGAAAACGCGACAUUUCUUGAUGCAGUAGGCCACUUAAAAAGUAAACUUGUAGACCCUGUUCAUGAAGAGACAACCAGACAAAAACUCGAAAACAGAAACAAAUUACCAACAGAAACAUACACAGAAUACACAGCAGAUAUAAUAAAACUUUGUCACAUUCUUGAGCCUCAAAUGUCAGAGAAAAGAAUAGUAGGAUAUGUUUUGAGAGGCUUAGACGUAGGAGCAUUGCAACAUGUUGCUUUCAUGGACAAUGCAUCAGUUGAAGAUUUAGAGAAAAAUCUCGCCAAAUAUGAAAGAUCUCGCUUCCUUCUAGACAAAAAGUUAGGAAUGCAUAAUGCUUCAAUCCUGUCAGAUGACGAAGAAGACGAUUGCCAGUUCAAGCAGAAAGGCCUCUGCUUGAUUCCGAGGAAAAAGAUGUCGAACUCCGCCACCCAAGCCACUUGUCUCCACCUUCUAACAUCAGAAGCAGACGUAUCGGAGCUACGAGAAGUCUGCAAAUUUGAUUGUAAAGCAACUGACAAUCAAACCCUAAUCACUCGCCUACGAGAAGACACCUUCCUAUUCCACAACACCGGCAAAAAGACGACAAUUCGCUGUAAAAACUCAACAACUGAGGUCCCAAGCAACAGUCCAGGAACCCUAUCACUCCACAUCCCUUGCAACUGCGAACUUCAAGACGACAACGGCGACGUACUGAUAAGCACUCUUUAUCCUUGCGACUCCCGUUCCCAUCCUUCUCCAGCUAUUAAUAACUUAAUUCCUCACAUGUGGACAAAUUUAUCUAAAUUGAGCAUCCCAAUUUUUAAACAUGAGACUCUGCCUCAGUACUUAAACCUUUCGGAAAUCUUAAAUGAAAAUUGGCACUUGAAUUUUUCAAAAUUUGAAGAGCACAACUCAUUCUCAGAAGACAUUUUCCAUCAUGUUGAAAUGCCAAAUAACUUUGAUUUGUUAGGGGUGAACAAUAAACUGAUCAUUUAUAUUAUUAUUGUCUGGCAAACACUGAUAACUGUUAUAUUCUUGUAUUUAUGUCUUCAAAAUUAUAUUAAGAAGAAAGCAAAUCAACUGAGAGUCCCGAAACGUACUCCAAUUGUGGACUACCCACAGGAGCUUUAAGAAUAUAUUGUGUUUUAGUAAAGUAGUAUGUAAUGAAAUCAUUAAAAUAAUGGGUUAGGAUAUAGGAAACUAUGCAAAUAAUAAUUACUUAUUCACUAUUAUUGUAUCCAUUUACUCUUUUAUGCUAUCGAUUCAAAUAUUUUCCCAGAUUAGAAGAUAAACUAUUUCAAUUAUUAUUAUUAUUCUUAUUUUCAAGGUCCACAAUAUUAUUUUGCUUACUCGAAUACUAUUCGGACUUGAUGUUUAAUUUUUGCAUUAUGAUUCAAUUUUAUUACUUUCGUAGAUUUUGUAGGUUUAAUUUUAUUCAUCAAUAUAAUUGAAAUUUUUUCCAUUCAAUUCUUAUUCAGAUAUGAAUGUAUUGAAUUGUUGAUUUGAAGUUGAUUGAUGUGUUAGGCUAAGUUUGAUUUUUAUGAAUUAGUUCACUAUAAUGUAAUUUAUAUCACUUGCAUUUAGCUUAUGAAUUGGCACUCACAUAGAUUUAAGGUAUUCAUUGAAAGUUAUGUUACAUAUAAAUAUCCAAUUAGAAUAAUAUUGUGAAUAAUAAUAAUAAUUUUAGCUUGCGGUAAUUUUGACUUUAAUUUUUGAAAUAUUAUUGAAAUGUGUAAAAAUUAACUUAGAGAGAUGCCGUUUUUUCGAUAACUUCGGGUCGAAGUUUAGGGGGACCCGGGGAUGUAAUAGAACUACAUAAUUUUUAUUAUUUGUCAUGAAUUUUCACAAUGAAUAGAUAAAUUGUUGACGACGGUGAAAAUUCAUGACAAGUAAAAUUAUGAAAAAAAUGAGAGGCUCUAGUCAGUCGGUUACGAGGACGGGACCUGGAGCUAUCUACUGCAGAUAAUCGGGCCCGGCUCUACCCUUCUUUUCCGAGACACCAUUUUCCUGGUUCAGUGAGUUCAGUGAGCUAAUAUUAUCAAUUUUAUUAUUAUAUAUUAUUCAUCUUUUUUAUUGAAGGCAAAUCCUGUAAUUAUUCUAUUGUUUGUUUAAAAAGUUUUCUCAAUAUUAUUUUUAUUUAAGUUUCCAGUUUCAUUUUGAGUUACAAUUUGAUUAAAUCGAUUACUUAGUUCUCCAAAAUAUAACUGUUUUGUUUAUUAUUUUAAAAUAUAGUUCCUUUCUCAUGAGUUAUAGAGUUAGAUCAAUUUAACCUCUCGCAAGCCAAGCGAUUCCCCUAUUAUAAAUUGUUACCAUAAUGUCUAGGGUUGUUCUCACAACCUUAUAAUACCAUCACAAUACCAUACAUAAUAUAACCCCAAUAUAUUCCAAAUUUAAAUACCCCAUU